AUGUUCAAAGUAAGUAUCUUCGCUAUCGUCGCCUGUCUGGCCGUGGUUGCUUCCGCCCAGUACUACGGAGGAGAGCACGGUCUCAGUGGAUACGCUCAUCAUCAUGAGGAGCCCAAGGACUACUACGCAUACCCGAAGUACAAGUUCGAGUAUGGCGUCAAGGAUCCCCACACCGGUGACCACAAGAGUCAGUGGGAAGUGCGUGACGGUGAUGUCGUCAAGGGACAGUACUCGCUGCACGAAGCCGAUGGCACCGAGCGUGUGGUCGAGUACAAGUCGGACAAGCACAGCGGUUUCGAAGCCGUUGUCAAGAAGGUCGGCCAUGCCCAUCACCCGCAGGUGUACGGUGGACAUCACUACCACAGUAGCAAUCUGAACAUAGCAACAGCCACUAGCCAAAGAAAACUUCCCAAAAUGAUGAAGAUCACGAUUGCCGCCCUCGCCCUUCUGGCCGUCGCCGUUGCUGCUUACGAGCACGAGGACUACCAUUCGCAUCCCAGCUACAAGUUCGAGUAUGGAGUGAAGGAUCCCCACACCGGUGACCACAAGAGCCAGUGGGAACAUCGGGAUGGAGAUGUCGUCAAGGGAGCUUACACCCUGCAUGAGGCCGACGGAACUGAGCGAGUGGUCGAGUACUCGUCCGACAAGCACAACGGCUUCCAGGCUCAUGUGAAGCGAGUGGGUCAUGCCCAUCACCCGGAAGUCUACGGACACCAUGAGGGUGGACACUCGUACGGUGGACACGGUCAUGGACAUGCCAGCAGCUACGCCAACGGUAACCUGUAUCAGCACCAUCAUUGA